ACCUAUAAAUAUAUGUGGGUGACCAGCCACUGGUUCCCCACCCUCCUCACCAUCUCACUGCAGCGCUGCAGCCUGCAGGUAGCUACCGACAGCAGCAGAAGCAGCAAUCAGCUCUGCUCUUCCACCCCUCCAAUGGCCAAGAUCCAGCCCCUGCCUGCAGCCUCAUCGCCUCCCUCCUGCUCACCCUCCGGGGAUGAGCCCCAAAUCCUGCAGAAGCAGGCAGCGUACACGGUGUGGAUGAAGUCGCUGGUGUUCAACGGCAACGGCUGCACCGUGUACGGCGCCGACGGCGGCGUCGCCUUCCGCGUCGACAACUACGGCUGCAGGGGCGGCCCCGAGGUCUUCUUCAUGGACCGCGCCGGCAAGACCCUCAUCAGGAUCCAAAGAAAGAGCUUCGGGAUGUUCAGGAGGUGGGAGGCCUGCCGGUACUUCGACGACGGCGAGGAGACGAGGCCGUGGUUCAGCGUGCAGAAGGCUGGCAAGAACGGAGCCGCCGUGAGAAUACAUGGCUGCGGGAGGACGUUCACCAUCGACGGGUGCGCGCGCAAAUCGGACUACAAAAUCACCGGCGCAGACGGCGCGGUCGCGGCGGCGAUCGGGCGGAAGCAGACGGCGUCCGGGGUUGUGCUGGGGGAGGACGUCCUGGCGCUGACAGUGGGGUCGGGCAUGGAUCAUCUGCUCGCCUUGGGUUUGGUGGUCAUAUGUGGCCUCAUGAACCGGUGCCUGUGAAGCUUGGAAUAGCUGAAGAUCCUCCAUGGUCAUAUGUGGCAUCACAAAGGCGUCAAGAACGAAUUUGUUCUUUUUUUGGUGUGGUUUUUGCAGCUAUAGUUUGGUUGUUAGGAGGACACAUAGUGACUUUAGGGAGAGUUUGUUUCAUAAGUGGCAGUUUGGGUCCUUUUUUCCCCCACCAAUCUGAGGAUGAUUUCCCUUUUUGGUGGAUGGUUUUUACUGGAUCCUAUAUUGCAAGAUUGUAAGGUGGUAACCAUGUCUUCGCUGUAAUUGUUAUGGGCAUUAUUUGAUCAUAAGUUUAGCUUGAGAAAAUGCAAGGCCUUGUGGUAAAAAGAAGAAGAAGAAGUGAUUAUUAUUGAUAGCCUCGUUCGGAUCC